AGAGGAGGUGAGAGAGAGAGAGCUGAUGAAGGCGGAGGGAGGGAGCUGCUCCUCGGUCACACAGCCGCGCUCUCUCUCUCUCGGUACAGGAGCUGCAGCUGGAGGAUGAAUGGUGGGCUGCGUUUGAGUGUUCGCCGGGCGAUGGAGCAGCUGGAGAGAAGGACGCGUGUUCUGAGCGGUUUGGUCUGGAUGUUCUGCAGCCUGUGUGUGAUAGCCGGGGCUGAGAGCCUGUCUCAGUGCAGCGAGGGGGAUUAUUAUUUUGAAUACACGGAGUGUGACAGCACAGGUUCCAGAUGGAGGGUAGCCAUUCCUCAGAGGCCAGGGGAGUGCACCGGACUGCCGGACCCUGUGCAGGGCACCGACUGCAGUUUUUCGUGUGCGGCGGGGGAGUUUCUGGAGAUGUCUGCUCAGGAGUGCACUCAGUGUGCGGCCGGAUCCUAUUCACUGGGCAGCGGCAUCCGUUUUGACGAGUGGGAUGAUAUUCCCCGCGGAUUCAGCAGUGUGGCAACCUACCUCGACAACACUCCACAUGGGCAGCAGGGCCCGUCCUGUAACGGCUCCUCGUGGAUUGCUCAGGGAAGUUAUGUGGAGUCGAACAGAGAUGAAUGCAGUGUAUCUCUGGUCUAUGCCGUACACUUAAAGAAGCAGGGCUCGGUCUCCUUUGAGUACCAGUAUGUGGACAACAACAUCUUUUUUGAAUUCUUUAUACAGAAUGACCAGUGCCAAGAAAUGGAGAAGACCUCUGACCAGAAGUGGAUUAAACUGACCAGCAAUGGGCAGUGGAGCAAACACACGGUCAGUUUGAAGUCUGGCACUAAUGUCCUGUACUGGAGAACUACUGGUGUUACAGUGGGAGCUAAAAUAGUCAAACCUGUUCUUCUCAAGAACAUCCAGAUAGAAGGUGUGGCUUAUAUGUCGGAGUGUUUGCCUUGUAAACCAGGGACAUUCAGUAAAUCUCCCGGUUCCUCCUCCUGUGAACUCUGUCCCAGAAACACUUACUCAGGCAGAGGAGCCAGCUCCUGCACUCCCUGCAACACAACUACACACUAUGCAUUGGAAGGCUCCUCUGUGUGUAAGGCCAGACCUGCAUGCUCAAAAAAAGACUACUUCCAGAUCCACAGUGUCUGUGAUGAGGAGGGCAAGACACAGAUCAUUUAUAAGUGGAUAGAGCCUAAGAUCUGUCUGGAGGAAGUUCCUGAUGCAGUAACCCUGCCCCCUUCUGGAGAACGUGAGCCAUGUCCACCCUGCAACCCGGGUUUCUAUAACAACAACACUGCUACCUGCCUGCCCUGCCCUCAAGGAACCUACUCUGAUGGACUGAAAGAGUGCCAGCCGUGCCCAGCAGGCACGGAGCCUGCUCUGGGCUAUGAAUACAAGUGGUGGAACAUUCUGCCUGCCAACAUGAAGUCGUCCUGCUUCAAUGUGGCCAACACCAAGUGUGACGGCAUGAAUGGUUGGGAAGUAGCAGGAGAUCACAUUCGUUCUGGAGCAGGUGGAUCAGAUAAUGACUACCUCAUCUUAAACCUUAAAGUGCCUGGAUUCAGGUUGCCUACAUCAGUCAGUGGAACCAGUGGAACUGAGUUUGGACGCGUCACCUUUGUGUUUGAAACCACCUGUUCUGCUGACUGUGAGCUGUAUUUUAUGAUGGACACAGACAGAAGGAGCACCAGUGUGGUGGAGUCGUGGGAGGGCAGUAAGGAGAAACAAUCCUACACCCACAUCAUGACUAAGAAUGCAUCUGUGUCUUUCACAUGGGCCUUCCAACGGAUUAACCAGGCUAAGGAUGUGCGUCAGUACGUGAACGACAUGGUGAAGAUCUACCUGAUCACUGUAACCAAUGCUCUGGAUGGUGUAGCUUCAUCCUGCAGAGCUUGUGCCAUAGAGUCUCAGCAGCCUGGCUCAGCCUGUGUGCCAUGCCCUGCUGGCUACUACAUAGAUGAAGAGACCAAUCAGUGCCAAGAGUGCCCUCCCAACACCUUCCUCUCAGGACACCACGUGUAUGGCCGAGACGCGUGUCAGCCGUGCGGACCAGGCAGCCGCAGCAACAAGGAGCACAGCUUGUGCUUCAGCGACUGCUCCUUCACACACACUGAGCUGAACCACACGCUGCAGUUUGACUUCAGUUCUCUGGGCUCCACUGGCUCCAUCAUGAACGGCCCCAGCUUUACAUCCAAGGGCACCAAAUACUACCAUCUCUUCAACAUCAGCCUGUGUGGGCUGGAGGCUCACAGGCCAGCAGUCUGUUCAGAUAAUGUUACAGACCUGUCUGAUAAGGAUCCUCAUGGCAGCGAAGCAAACAAGGUUGAAGCCUUUAUCUGUCAAUCAACAGUCAUCCCCUCUGAUGGGCGGGGCUUUAGGGUAGCCCUCUCUUCCCAGUCUACCAGUCUGGCAGACUCAUUUCUCGGAGCCACACUGGAGAAAUCUCUCAAUGGAGUUACAGCCAGACCAGAACUCUUCCCCACUCAACCCAAGAGAGUCCCGGACAUUAACUUCUAUUAUCGAUCUCCACAGACAACUUCCUCAUGUGAGAACGGCCGGAAUACGGUGGUGACGCUGCGCUGUAGCCCUGAGAAGACCGCUAAAGGAGAAAUCUCAGUACCCAGGCAGUGUCCAGCAGGCACCUGCGACGGCUGCACCUUUCACUUCCUGUGGGAGAGUUCCAGUGCCUGCCCACGCUGCACUGAGGCCGACUACCACCAGAUUGAGGGAGCCUGCAAAGGAGGAGUGCAGGACACAGUGUAUGUGUGGACUGAGCCGAGGCUCUGCACAGGAGGAGUGGGCCUGCCGGUAAAGAGGAGCACACCGUGCGAGAUGAUCGAUUUCUGGUUGAAGGUGGGAGCUGGGGUGGGGGCGUUCUGUGCCGUCCUGCUUAUCUCCCUCACCUGCUACUUCUGGAAGAAGAACAAAAAACUGGAGUUUAAAUAUUCCAAACUGGUGAUGUCUACCAACAAGGAGUGUGAGUUACCAGCGGCUGACAGCUGUGCCAUAAUGGAGGGAGAAGGGGAAGAGGUAGAGGAUGAGGUGGUUUACUCCAAACCCUCUUUACUGGGCAAGCUGAAAGCCAUCGCUACCAAGGGCAACGAGCAGAGCUCCGAGGCCGUCCAGCUGAAAUCCUCGCAGGCGGAGAGAUGGGUGUGGGGAUAGAGGGAAGAGGAGGAAAAAAAAAAGGGAGUAAACGAGAACUGGAUGGACGGACAGACAGAUGGAUGGAUGGAUACUUUGAAGCCCCUCUUCUCUCGCCAACGUGUACGUGCAGUGGCCUUAAGACUGAGCCCUGGGGGACUCCCGGAGGCGGGAGGGGGCCCUUCUGGGGAUUCUGGGCUGACUCUGUUCUGGACCAGAGUGGCGGAGCAGACCCCGUGGGAUGGUUUUCUUUGAUGUCAUCAUCGUGUCACUGUGCAAUCUGUCUUUGUUUUUCUUGUUGUUUGUGUUUUGUUGUGUUUUUUUUUUUUUUUUAAUAUUGUAUAAAAAUGUGAGAUUUGCUUGUGGGACUGGGGGUGGCUGGAAGGUCAUGGUACAACUGUUGCACAAUUUAACCACUGAUUAAAGACUAGAGGAUAAACCACACAAACUGUGCGGCAACAGAUUAAGGACAUUAAGUCUACAACAUUGAACACAAGGUUUAAAAACUCCAGCAGCUCUGCUGUUUUUGUUUGUUUGUUUUGUUUUUCUCUCCCCCAUUUAAUUUUGUAUGAAAAUGUAAUAUUGCUUGUAGGACUAGGGGGUGGCUGGAAGGUGGCACACACACACACACACACAUAUUUAGACUUACAGGGAUAAAAAAAGGAAAAUUAAGACCCACUUUGACAUGCAUAUCAAUGGAGGGAACACAAUGUAGCAAAGGGCUCGACUCCCAAAUCAAGUCAAAACAAACAGCAACCCAAAUGCACAGUUGUCACACUUCUCUUAAUUAGUGAAUUUGUCCACCAGUAUAUGUAUCCACCUUAUUCUGUCACGUUUACUUUACUGUCAAGUUAGUUUCUUCCACAUUUGUGGAAUUUCCGGUCGGUUCAUAUCAAAUGGUUUGUGGUCAUAUCAUAUUCAAAGUGACUGCAGUCUAAAGUAACUAGCUUGUGUAGUACUGAUCCUAAAGCAACUAGCUAUGCUAACUCAACAUUCCAACAGGCUAUUUAACAUGAUUUACACCAAAGCAUAGCUGAAUAGCUUUUCAACUGAACACAAAAAGAUAUUGUAUAGCAUAUUGUGGGUACACCACACAGCUAGCUAGCUAAGCUAUCUUUUCUUUCUACUACCUUUUAAAGAAGAAAAGCUGCAACUCUGGUUGAAAGAGUGAAAUGGAUUGAAAUUAAAGCCAUACAACUGCACCAUUGAACUGAUCCAUUUGAUUAUAUAAAUAUACAUCCAAAAGCUCCAUUCAUACAGCUGCUCUAACCAUUUUGUGAAGGGGACAAAAUGCUUUCCUCAAGGCUCCUAUGGAAUGAAUGUAUUGGGAGCUGUGAAGCUCUCAUAAGAGCUAAUCUAAUCUGGUGUUUCUGGUGUUGGUUCUGGUGUUGGUUUCUCUCCACAAAAUGGUAAGAGAAGAAGAUGUGUGGUGCUACCGUACUGGAAAUUCUAACACAAAGUAAACAAACAUGGUUCCCUUCUUGUCCUCAAGCAAAAAAAUGUUGGAUUCUGUUCGAAUCUUUAGGAAGAUGCCAAUGUUGUACACUCGUUAUUAGAAUUAGGGAACUGCAUGUCGAAGUGCUGGAACAGCUGCCAACAGCUCAGGAUUAGCAUGACUUGAUUAGGAGCAUGUCUUAAUGCUAAUUUCUUAAUGCUAAUACAGUGUAGGACCGCCAAGAUUGAUCUUCACUACACGAGUCUCCGGCAAGGUCCUGGUUCUGAAAGGAAGAGUGCCUUUCCUAUGGUCCUGUGUUUUCUCUGUCACGUUACCUACACUUUUGAGGUUUGUGAUGUACAUGCAUAUCUUUUUGUCCUUUUUCUUAUUGUGUUUGGAGUGAAAUGAAAGCCAUGCAACUGUAUCAAAUCUACUGAAAUACACUGACUUGAUCAAGGUUUUGAUAUAAUAAAUGACUGUUUGCACUGAAA